CUUCGAAGACUGCCUUUUCUUCCCUCCUUUUGCUUUUACUCUAUUUGUGAAAUUUUUCUGAGUAAAAAAGACGUGGACAGUGGAGGGAGAGAAAGAGAAUGGCAGAGUACCCUCUGUUUCAGAAAGAGAGGGUAAAAUAAAUGUACAGUAAACAGACAAAGAAAUAGGAAUUGAAUUUAUAAUUUUCUAUUUUUGAAAACAUAUAUUUUUAUUACUUGGGGGAUGCUAGCUAGCUUGAGCUUCACAUACCCCUUCGAGGUUUUCAUUUGUCUUUCUCUUUCAUUAUUUCUCUCUUUUGAGAGGAGAGCAAUAAUGGCAGUAUUGGAUUCAGCAUAGUGGGGAGGGAAUUGCUUCUUUUGUUUUAUUCAGGUGAGGAGGAAGUAAGGAUGAUGGUAACUCAACUGUGAAGAAAAGCAGUUGUGGUUGUGGGUUCUCCUCCCUUCUUUCCGCCAUGGCCAUGGGCGACAAUUGCUGCCGCAGCUGCUGCUCUUCUUCUUCCUUCUCCUGCUCUCUUUUCUAUUGACUCUGUAGUAAAUUGUAAUCCAGCUAUUAGUUCGAUGUUUGAAUUAUCCUUAAAGAAGAUGAAACUCGGGUCGAAGAAAGGAGGAUGGAAAGCGAUGAUGCCCAUCCGGCUGAGAAGUAAAUCAGCCACACGUUUCUGCUUGUUUCCUAAGCCUAGAACAGCGACUAGCUACGGUCAGGGCAAAUCACCGGUCUAUCUCAAUGUAUACGACUUGACGCCGAUGAAUGGCUACGUCUAUUGGGCUGGUCUUGGCAUCUUCCACUCUGGUGUUGAAGUGCAUGGGGUGGAGUAUGCAUUUGGAGCUCACGACUAUCCGACGAGUGGAGUGUUCGAGGUGGAGCCAAGGCAGUGUCCAGGGUUCAAGUUCAGGAGGUCGAUAUUCGUGGGGACAACUUCUUUAGACCCAAUGCAGGUUCGAGAGUUCAUGGAACAGCACGCAGCGGGCUACCAUGGGGAUACAUACCACUUGAUUGUCAAGAACUGCAAUCAUUUCUGCAAGGAUGUCUGUUACAAGCUCACCGGUAGGCCUAUCCCGAAAUGGGUCAACCGGCUGGCACAAAUAGGUUCUGUCUGCAACUGCGUGCUUCCCGAGUCACUGAAGAUCGAAGCAGUGACCCAUGACCCGAAUGGCGAACUACCAUGCGACAGCGAGAAGAGGAGGCUGAGAAGUGCAUUUAGUUGCUUGUCUUCCAUCUCUAUGCGGCAGAGGCAGCUGUCGAAUUCGUCGUUGAUUCUCCAGUCACCGCUGAGAGGCUGCCUGCCGUGGGAGUUCAAGAGGUCCGUCAGCACUUCAUUGAAGGAGAGGUGAUAUGAGAGCUAGCUUUAACCGAUGUGAUGAUGAAAUGAGGGGUUUCCUUCACUGCUUGGUUGGAAAACCUCCAUUGAAGGUGGUAAUGUUGGAGAAUUAGGGCGUGAUGGGGCAUUGAUUCCCCCCUGAUUAGGAUUUGGAUCGGUAUAAAUUGAGUAUUUUUGGUUGAGCUAUCUGAUUAAUUUUAUGUCUAGCAAAUACCAGCAAAUUUUUGUUUAACUGCGAAGUUCAUAUGGAACCCAGUUUGUGAAGGCUGGCUGGCUGGCUUUAAUAUAUAUGAAUGAUUCAGCUUUGUACAGAGAACUCUGUAGAGAAUAACUCAUGGCUGCCUGGCGCCUGGGUUGACUUGGGGGCUUAUUCUUUCCGAAUGAUGAAUAGCUCCUGAUUUUGAUAAUUAUGUUAUGUUUGCAUAAAGUAACAAAGCCUCCGGCUGUCCGGCAAGGUGAAGAUCUCAUCGUCACGAAGAUGAGACAUAAACCCAUCGCCGCUUCUCCGAUCAAAGCUGGCAAAACCGGAGUACAGUGGUAGAGUCGCUGCGAAGCGAGCUUAAAGCUACUCAUGGAAGAGAUAAUGUCAGCAAACUGCAUGAUCU